AUGUGGAUUAAUUUGCUCGUGUUAGUGUUGCUGGCGGCCGUCUAUUGGGUUCGACAGCGUUUUUCCUACUGGAAGCAGCGCAAUGUUCCGUACAUCCAACCAUCGUUUCCGCAGGGAAACUUGGCCGGCGUUGGCAAGAAGAGCCACAUGUCAACAAUUCUGCAGAAUUGCUACAAACAGCUGAAAAGCGCUGGUAAACCGUACGGUGGAACUUACUUCUUCAUCAAUCCCGUGGCACUGCUCAUCGAUCCGGAUCUUAUUAAGGCGGUGCUGGUGAAAGAUUUCCCAUACUUUCACGAUCGUAACCUGUAUCACAACGAUCGGGAUGAUCCACUGUCGCGCCAUCUGGUCGCAAUGGAGGGAACCAAGUGGAGAAACCUGAGAGCGAAGCUCACUCCCACCUUCACGUCGGGCAAGAUGAAACUGAUGUUCUCCACGGUGACGGCCGUAGCCGAAGAGUUCGACAAGUGCAUGACGGCGGAAAUCAAACAAGGCUCCGUGGUGGAGAUGAAGGAUCUACUGGCCCGCUUCACCACGGACGUCAUCGGGUCGGUUGCGUUCGGGCUUGAGUGUAACAGCUUGAAGGAUCCCGACGCAAAGUUCCGUGUGAUGGGUCGCAAAGUGUUCCAAGCGUCACCGUACCGUGCGAUCAAGGUCUUUCUGGCCGCCCAGUUUCCUCAGAUUGCGCGAGCCUUUCACGUGACGCUAACGCCUCCGGACAUAUCGGAUUUUUUUAUGGGCGUCGUGAAAGACACAAUUGCGUUUAGAAAAAGCAAUAAUGUGCAGCGUAACGAUUUUAUGACCCUGCUAAUGAAGGUGAUGCAGGAACAGGUGGAGAGUGGAGCAGUUGAUGGUGACCAGAAAGAUCAGCUCACGAUGGACGACAUUGCGGCGCAGGCGUUUGUGUUCUUCCUCGCCGGGUUUGAAACGUCCUCCACAACGAUGUCGUUCUGUUUGUACGAGUUGGCUCUUCACCAGGACCUGCAAGAUAAGGCACGAGAGAACAUUACAGAGGUGCUGAAGAAAUAUGACACUAUUAGCUACGAGGCAAUACACGAGAUGAAGUACAUCGAGAUGUGCAUCAAUGAGUCUCUUCGAAAGUAUCCACCGGCAACUACCCUGACCCGUAGAGUCGAGAAGGACUAUCGUGUGGCCGGUACCGAUCAAGUACUGCAAAAAGGCAUCAUGGUUGCGAUUCCUGUCUACGCGCUACAUCACGAUCCGGACCAUUUUCCCAACCCGGAACGGUUCGAUCCGGAGCGAUUUUCCGCGGAACAGAGCGAAAAGCGGCAUCCGUUCGCCUUUCUGCCCUUUGGCGAGGGACCACGCAUAUGUAUCGGGCUUCGGUUCGGCAUGAUGCAGGCUCGUAUUGGGUUGGCCUAUCUUCUGAAGCACUUCCGUUUUACGCUCGCAAAGGACAGAAUGAGCGUACCGUUGAAGAUAUCGCCCGCCAGCCCCAUUCUGACCAUCGAUGGCGGGCUUUGGUUAAAUGUGGAGAAGCUGAGAAUUUGCGCCCUGUUCGCUCUUUUAUUACCCAAGCACGCUCAGUCGUCGAGACUGACUGACGGAGAGUUUCAGUUGCAAUUCACGCUUGAGCCCGUUCGGCAGCAUGUACCUUCAAGUGGUGGGCAUUCUGUGUGCGAUCGUGUUUGCUUGUUUCGCAUGGAGUUUCCGUACGGCAAUUUUGGCACGCUCGGCAAGGUGGAACACAUUGCACCGAUCACCCAACGGCAUUACGAUCAUUUCCGCCAGUUGAAUGUCCCGUACGGUGGUGUGUUUAUGCUAACCUCCCCACUGCUCUACAUCUUCGACACGAAGCUAAUCAAGACGCUGCUGGUGAAGGAUUUCCACCACUUCCCGAACCGUGGCGUGUACUUUAACGAGCGUGAUGAUCCACUGUCGGCGCACAUGUUCGCCAUCGAGGGACAGAAAUGGCGCACGCUGCGUGCCAAACUGUCCCCCACGUUCACCUCCGGACGCAUCAAGAUGACGCUGCCGCUAGUGAAGGAAGUGUGCCAGCGGUUCUGUGAUCAUCUGCACCAGUCCCUGCAAACUUCCAGCGAGGUCGAGGUCCACGAUCUACUUUCGCGCUACACGAUCGAUGUGAUCGGUGCGUGCGCGUUCGGCAUCGAGUGUAACAGCUUUCGGGAGCCUGAUAACGAGUUCCGACGGUACGGUAAGAUCGCGUUUGACAAGCUCCGCCAUUCGCCGCUGGUUGUGUACUUGAUGAAAGCCUUUCGAAGGCACGCGAACGCGUUGGGCAUGAAGCAACUACACGACGACGUAUCCAGCUUCUUCAUGCGCGUGGUCAGGGACACGGUGGAAUAUCGCGAACGCGAACAGAUCGUGAGGAACGACUUCAUGGAUCUGCUGCUGAAGCUGAAAAACACGGGACGGCUCGAGAGUGGGGGUGAGGAAAUUGGACGGAUAACGUUCGAGGAGAUUGCCGCCCAAGCGUUCAUCUUCUUCACUGCUGGCUACGACACAUCUUCCACGGCCAUGACUUACACGCUGUACGAGCUGGCGCUAAAGCAGGAGGUGCAGGAAAAGGCUCGCCAGUGCGUAAAGGAGACGCUGCAGAAAUAUGGCGGAGAGCUAACCUACGAGGCUGUGUCCGAUAUGAGCUAUCUCGACCAGUGCAUUAAUGAAACGCUGCGCAAACAUCCACCUGUAGCGAUACUGGAGCGAAACGCCGAUAAGGACUACCAGAUGCCAGACAGUGGCCUGGUACUGCGUCGUGGACAGAAGAUCAUGAUACCGAUCUACGCCAUGCAUCGCGAUCCGACCCACUUUCCCGACCCGGAACAGUACCGGCCGGAACGGUUUUCGCCGGCAGAGGUCGCCCAACGGGAUCCCUACUGCUAUCUGCCAUUUGGCGAAGGACCACGACUCUGUAUCGGUAUGCGGUUCGGUUCGCUGCAGGCAAAGAUGGGUCUGGCAAGUUUGCUUGAUCGCUUCCGGUUUAGCACCUGCGAAAGGACGCAAAUACCGGUGCAGUACUCGCGUACCAACUUCAUUCUUGGACCGGCAAAUGGUGUUUGGUUGCGGGCAGAAGUGCUAUAG